UGAGGGGGAGGAGGUGGAGGAGGACUGCUGUUACCAAACCAUAAGGUUUUAUUGAAGGCUGCCGCAGUUUGGUGGCAGCCCGCUCCUCUCCGGUGACUUUCAGACAUUUAGGAGCCAUGUAUCGGCGGCCGCUGCAGUCUGCCGUCAGAAACCUUAUUAACGGGACAGCGUCCAGAGCCGCGUACCGAAAGGCUUCAGAUCAGGAAGCCUGCUUUGCUAGAGCUUUAGUAGCUUGCCAGCUGGCCAGAGUCUCCCCUCCCUGUUCAACACCAUGUCGGACUCUGCACAUCACCACACAGCUCUGUAAUGUGAAGGAGACGCCUCAGCACACGGAGGAGGAGGUGGGGGCCUUCACAAAGCUCAUUGAGGCCAUGGGCUUCACAGGACCGCUCAAAUACAACAAAUGGAAAAUCAAGAUCGCUGCCUUGCGCAUGUACACAUGCUGCGUAGAGAGAAUCAAUUAUGACGAGUUCUUUGACAAAUGCACCCUCCCUGACACACUCAACUCCUGGUUCUUGGUCGCACAGCUGCAUGUGUGGAUGUGUUUGGUGCGGAUGCGUCAGGAGGGCAGAGCAGGAAAGUACAUGUGCCGUUACAUUGUCCACUCCAUGUGGGAGGAUGUGGAGCAGAGGAGCAAAAUCAUGGGGAUUGAUGCCAUCCACAGAAAGGAAGCGCUGAAGGUGAUGACAGAGACUUUCUAUGCUGCAAUAUUUGGAUAUGAUGAGGGAAUUCUGUCUGAUGACCCUGUGCUGGCUGCAGCUCUGUGGAGAAUCCUGUUCAAUCGCCAGUGUGAAGACCCCAAACAGCUGGAGCUCAUGGUGGAGUACGUACGCAAACAGAUGCAGUACAUUGACGCUCUGGACGGGGAGGACCUGCUGCUGACCGGCGAGGUGAAGUGGCGCCCCCUGGUGGAGGAGAACGCACAGAGCAUCCUGAAGGUGGUCACACCCACGUACAACGACACCGGACUGUGAGACGAAGGGACGGACUCCUGUUUCCUCUCAUCCAAAGUCCUUCCCCUCAUGUCCUCCUCUCUCACGUGUUGAUUUCCUUUCUCCUCCCUAGAAACAUGUAACAUUUUCCCUCCUCUCUCUCUCUCUCUCUCUCUCUCUCUCUCUCUCGCUCUCUCCUCUCUCCCCUGUCAUAUAAGGUGGGAUUUUAAAUUUGACGUAAGGUCUGUAGCUUUCUCAAACGCUCCUUUACUUCUCUUUUCUCCCAAAACUCUUCUCUUCCUCCUCCUCCUCCUCCUCCUCCUCUUCUGCCUGAACGAUUUGUCCACCAGAAGUCUGUUUGAGGAGGAGCAGUAUAAACAGGGUAGACAGUCAGGGAUUAUUUUUCAUUUUUACACACAUACCCGUGCUCGUUCACCCGUCAAUCAGCAAAGCAACCAGUUCACAACCAUGGAAACGCCGUGCAUCGCCAUCCUCCGCCGCCGUCGUCGUCGUCGUCGUCCUGUCGGUUUCGAGAGCCUCCGCCGAUUCCUCUCUGCAAACCGAGAGAACAAGAUACUCUGUAUUUAUAUUUUUCUCACUUUUUUUCCACGAAUGCCACGCUGUAUUUAUAACAUAUUUUGUAUACCUCUGUGUUUACACUUUUCCUCCUGCAGAGGCGUCAGCUGAGACUUCUGUCACUGCUCCUUCACUGUGCGUUCAAUAAAGUUUCACUCUGAGUAGGUGAAGUUAAGACGACAUGAAAAUCAUGGUUCUAGGAAACAAAUGCAAGAAGAUUUGACGGGUUACUGGACUUCCUCUCUUUGUGUCGGAGGUCUGUAGUUAAACGUCUCUGCUCCCGAAACAUCCACAGUCUACGUUUCUCUGUUUGUCUGGCUCCCAUGAUGCUCUCUGACCGAAACAGGAAGCUGAGCCCUCAAAGACUCAGACGUCACCACUGUAUUAAAAACAAUAAGGUUUUUUUUGUUUGUUUGUUUUUAAAAAGUAAAUAAAAUGUUCUCUGGAUGUAUAAAA